AUGGCGAUACUCCCGUCCUGCCUCCUCUCCUCAGCCGCCCUUCCCACUCGCCUGCUGCCCAGCGUAAUCGAAAUCCAAGAAUCAUGUUUCGCGCUCGUUUAUAACGCGUAUGGCCUGCGCCUUGACCAAUUCCACGUCGACAAUCUCACGCUCGUCUCCUGCUGGGUCCCCGCGUCUCGCGGCGUGGAACCCGCCGCAUCACCCGCCGUGCCUUCCGCCGCAAUUCCCGCGAAACCCCCUCUGUUACUCCUCCACGGCUUCGGCGCGUCGUCGUUAAACCACUGGAUAAAUCAGCUCGCCGCGUUUUCCCGCCAUUUCGACCUCUACAUCCCCGACCUGCUGUUCUUCCGCGGCUCGUACUCCCGCGAUUCGCGGCGCGACGAGCGGUUCCAGGCGGAAGCGAUGAUCGCGCUGAUGGACCGGCUGGGCAUCCAACGGUGCGCCGUCGUCGGCGUGAGCUACGGCGGGAUCGUCGCCCACAAGAUGGCCACUCUCUAUCCCACACGUGUCACCCAGCUAGUGCUGGGAGGGGCGGGGCUCAUGCUGACGCAGGGGGAGGUGCAGGGGGUGCUGCAGCACUGGCACGCCAAGACUCCACCGGACCUCUUCCUGCCCACCGAGCCUAGCGGCCUGCUUCGGCUGAUCAGGCUCGGGAACAACGAGGCGCCGUACCUCCCGGAUUGGCUGCUGCAGGACGCCUUGGAGGUGCUGUUUGAGAACAGGGAGGAGAAGGCAGGGCUGCUGGAGGCGUCGUUGAGAGAAGCACAUGCCAAUGCACAGCAUCCAGAGGGCAUCGCUGUGCCUUCAAUGCCCACCCUUGUUGUGUGGGGAGGUAGUGACCAGCUCUUUCCCCUUUCCAUUGCCCAUCGCAUGCACCGGCACUUUGGCUCAUCCUGUCGCCUUGAGGUGAUUGAGAAGGGCGCUCAUGCCAUUCAGGCGCACAAAGCAGCACAGUUCAACAGCGCCGUCCUCUCCUUCCUCACCACGCAUGACCUAAACCAUCUUAAGUGCCAUUAG